UAUCCCUACUUCCACAUGGAACUGCAUAUUCCCUUCUUUGCGCUCAUAACUUAUCCAAUGCCCAUGCCAUAUAUUCGAGAUAUACCAAGAAGACAGUGCAUCGAUAUAUCGUUCCUAACCCCGCAAACGUCAAACCCGCAACCUGAGCCGAUGAUUGGCAUAUCCAAAUCACGAUUCUCGCUUGUGAUCUGUGGCUCGGACAACCGACGUUGGAUUGCAUAUGCUUUUGUGGAUCGAGACCUUGAUGACGAAGAAAUGGAGGAAGAAGACUGUUCCUACGAGGGUUUUCAAGAGGACCCAAUCAUCUGUAAUACGGAUGCCAAUUUACCACUUUGGGACCUGAGAGACUACUUUCUUAGGACACUCGAAGAGCGUGGGAAGAAUGUUCUGGAAGAAUGGGAAAAUUUAGCGAGUGCGGUCGAAUCCAGAAUCAAUACUUACCGAUAUCGCCAUCCCGACUUUUUUCCACAUCUCGGAGUUCAGCAAGAACGCCGGACAAAUAAUGGAAAGGAUUGUUUUGACUGGAUCCUUAGGGUGAUAACGCUCUUAAGCCAACUUUUGGAAGUUCUCACCGCAACGACCCAGACUUGGGAAAGAUUUAGAGAUCUUGACAACGGAGACAUUGCGUACUUUUACAAAUCCACCUCUCGGGGCUCUCUAAGAUCGGAAUUUGACUUCUCGGAGCGACGUGCUCAACUCAUACUCCGAGACAUUCACAACACGUUUGACACACUGAAGGAAAUCCAAAGAAAACUUCAAUUACUCAAACGGUCUUGCGAAGAGUCAGCCAGAAUGUAUCAACUGCGCCGCGCUCAGCCUUCUAGAUGGAACCUAAUGGACUUCAUCCCCACGAUUCCAUGGAACCUAAUGGGUUUCAUACCCAAGACUCCACGGAAACUAUAUGGGCCGGAGACACCAAUUGACGAGAGAGAUCAUAUGGAGACGGCGUGGGCCCCUCAGUAUCGACGUCACGGGUAACAGAACUCCAUAAGUUUGCGAAUUAGGCUCUUGUAUUUGACUUGGGUUGUGUGGUCAGGGGUCCUUCACUGUCGUGACUGAUGUGUCAAAGCGCCUCGAGCACAGGCCUAAUUCUCGAUUUCCGGGACGGAACAUUAGGUUCGAGCCUGGAUUCCACUCUCUUGACAGCAACCUGAAAAUUCGAGGGUAAAUUAGCUGUUGGCGCCCUUUGAUAUCCUCCAGAUUGACGCUUUUCGGAUUGCCAAGACUUCCCACAUCAGCAUGGGCAAGGAAUCACGUGAACGUCUCGUCUUUCCAGAAAUACUCCGAGGGGCUUGGGGAAGAAUCGAGGGAAGGUUGUUAUUCGCAGCACGUUCGCUAUCAUCAUUUCAUGCCUCGGCUCUACAAUUCUACCUAUCAGCGAGUGAAAUCUCGAGUAUUAUAAAACACAGUAGAGAAAGCGUAGAAUAGACAAGGAGUAGUAACUAGAGUGUAUAAAACUAUCGCGAGACU